AAAAGCAUCAAGCUAGGGCUUUUCAGUGACCCGUACAGUUGUCCACCGUAUCCCAUUUCUCCGGCCCUCUCGGAAAUUAAACCACCAAACUCCUCCGCCGUACCGACUUUUAUCGCCGCCGACGUCGCCGCAACACCGACUGCAGCUCCGCCUCUCCCUCUACGCUUAAACACUAGAAGGAAUUGGAGCUGAUGGUAAGGACUGUGAAGAAUCAUCAUCAUCAAGAAGAAGAAGAGGAUGAAGAAGAUUUCAUUUCGAGAACAACUGAUGCUUCCUCACAGAAAGAUGGAAGGAGGAAUGAUCAGAAGGCGAGCUCUCAUCGUUCUAAGCAUUCUGAGACGGAGCAGCGUCGAAGGAGCAAAAUUAACGAGAGAUUCCAGAUUUUAAGAGACCUCAUUCCUCAAAAUGAUCAGAAAAGAGACAGAGCUUCUUUCUUGUUAGAGGUGAUUCAAUAUAUCCAAUUUUUACAAGAAAAGUUACAAGUAUAUGAAGGAACAUUUCAUGGUUGGAGUCCAGAGCCCACAAAGUUAAUGCCAUGGAGAGGAAAUAGUGUCACAGACACCUUCACAGAUCAAUCACAACCCAUAAAAAACGGAUCUUUACACGAGGGUAAUAUCGUCUUUUCCCCACCAAUGCUGUCAAACACACAGAGCUUGAUAGAACACGAACUGAGUCACUCUUCAGCUGCCCGAGCAGCUGCCCUUGACAUACCAUUACAGCAAAACACAUAUCUGCCCGAACCUGACCCUGACCCUGCCCGGGCUGCCCGGAUUCCUCAUGAAUAUUGGGAUGAUAGAUCUCUAAUGAAUGAGGAUGCUACUCCAAAUGAGCUUCAAGAAUUGAAGAUGCAAAGUGAAGGAGAUAGAGAUAGAGAUAGAAUCUCAGAUGCUUAUUCCAAAGGGCUGUUGAAUAAUUUAACUCAAGCAUUGGGUUCUUGUGGAGUUGAUCUUUCACAAGCGAAUAUUUCUGUGCAAUUUGAUAUCAGAAAAGGCACAAGUAGUGGAUCAACUUCAACAUCUUUUGGAAUCAAGGAGCAUGAUUUUCUAUCUGAUGGUAAUCAAGGAAUGGAACACUGUGGGAUUAGGAGGAGAGAUGAUGAUGUUGUUUAUGAUCAAGUGCUCAAGAAACCAAGAACACAACAAAACCAGUAAUUACUUAUUUCUUUCUGUUACACUCAUAAUUUAUAAGUUUUUUUUUUUUUUUUUUUUUUUUUUUUUUUUUUUUUUAAUUUAUUUAUUUAAAAAAAAUAUAUGGAAACUUGUUUCGUUGUACAUGUUUUUUACUAGAAAAUGGGGGGAGUUAUGUAUUUAACUUUUGUAGCCUUGGGCUUCCAUUGC